GGCAAGGUAGGCACGACGCUGCCAGGCAUGCUAGACUAUCGAGCAACAAUACGUCUAGAGAUGUCAGCGAUAGCCGGGUCGGUGGGCGAUGCCAUAUCAAAAUGCUGCCUGGCCGAAUUUCUAAUCGAAGCCCAGUUCGGUGCGAUGGAGCACGACUUUGUGUUCGACAGCAAGCGCGUUAAACUCAUUUGUCGUCAAGACUCUCAUCCGACGUGCGCCGGCCUCUUCUUCACUCCAAUAUUUGAGGUCAGAUGUGCCAUGCUGGAAGGUUAUUGCGAUGGUCGUGAGGGACCUAAGAUCAAUGGCAAUUUUUUCUGAAAGACCGAGAACGUUCUCUCCGAUGGGUCAUACACUGGCUUGACGUCCAAAACCCUGGCAUGCGGAUGCAAUACGCUAGUCGAUGCCAAGAGCGCGGACAUAGUCCUCAUCGAUGCGAAGUAGCUGUGAGAACCUCGCGGCAGGCAAGGCAAUGCUUCGCUGUGUGCAUAUCAUCGCUGUCG